AUGCCGGAGCCGGGCAGCGUGCUCCUCGGCCUGUUCAUGAGUCUGCUCUCGGUGGUGACCGUCGUCGGCAACGUCGCCGUUCUUCUUUCCUACUACCUCGACAAGAACAUCCGCCAGCCCUCCAACUACUUCAUCUUUUCUCUCGCCGUAUCUGACUUGGUUAGUUUUUUUUCUCUCGCUCCAGUAAAUUUCAUUAACGGUAGUUGAAAACCUCGAAAAAGUUUAGCGGUGCGAUUUAGUAGAAAUUCAAUUGUUCUCUGAUUUUUUAAGCAACGGAUUAACGAAAAAAGUUGCAAAGGAUGAGAGGGAUAUAAUCCAAAUAAUAUUAUUUUCAAAUAAUCGUUUUUUUUCCUUUACUUUUUCUGUUUCUCCGUGGUUUAGUGUAAAUUUUAAAAAAAUAUGUGUUCAAAAACAUGAUAAUUGUGAAUGUUUGCAUCGUUUUCAUCCUUUAUUUAUCGUCAUCGUCCUUCUUUUUCUUCAAUUUUUUGGUUCCUUAAUCGCUUCAAUGAUAUCGAUUGAAGUUUUAUAGUAAUUUUUUAUCAUGAGCUAUCUUCGGUAGCUUUACACAUUCGUUUCAAAGGAAUUUUGGAUUUUACGAGGAUUGAAAAUGAUUUUUUUUUUUACAAUAGUCACUUUUUAAUGUGAAUUUUUUCAUCAAAAGUUAACAAAUUAAUUUUUCAUUGCAUAUACGUGCAGAAUGAGAAAUUCGUAUGCUGAAAAGAAAUCGAUUUCGAUCUACAGAGUACUGAAAAGAAACGGGAGCUCGUAAAUGGGCAAAGAUCUUGAGUGAAUCGCUUACUAGGGCAAUUAGACAAACAAGGGAGCUUUAAUUGUGUUUUGCCCCGUAGUUAUCCAGCAUGAGUUGGACAUAUUCCACCGCAUUCAUUCAUUCAUAUUUUCGGAAAAAAAAACAGUCAUGAAUCUGUUCAAGGGUUGUCCAAGUACGGCUUUUAAGAGGCGUUUGAGAGCCUUAUUCUUCUUCCUUUUCUGUUCAUUUUUUGGUCUCUUUCGCGAGAGCCUCGAGCUGCUGUUCUAGGGUUUGCAGUGGCUGGCGACGCCGACUGUGGCCGCCUCUGCCAAAAACAUGAAGACCAAGAAGGAAGGGUAUACGCACAAUUGCGCUUGAAGUGAACUCAGUAAGUGGGCCGCAUGCUCACAGGCACGUGCACAAUUUCGCAUGAAUUUCACGACAUCAUCUCAACUUUUUUUAAUGACCUCCAUAAAAAUGCGUGCGGCGAGCACACACUCUUUUCUUGGGUGGCGGGGUUUCUCAAUUUUGAUCUCAAACUGCACGUUUAGUCGGCUCGCGGCUAUCUGAAGCCGAUGUUUGAAGGUUCAGUGGGCUCUCGCGAGUGAGCUUGAUACAAUUGACCAAAUUUUUCAUUUUUUUUUUUCUGGAAUGGUUUCGGUUUCUACAGUACAGUACAUGGACUGGAUUUUAACGGAAUUUUUUGAUACUAAAUAAGAUUUUGAAAAGUAUUUCACGCGUUUGCCAAAUUGUAUAUUUGACUUUGACUAUACAUAUCAAUUCAAAUUGCGGAAAGGUGGAAAUCAAUUAGAAAAAGCUCUUAAUUUUAUGAUGCGAUCACACUUCGGAGCGGAUAUUUUCCUCUUGGUGAAACGGAUUAGUUUUCUUGGAAUUGUAGGAAUUUUCACAUGUUCAAAUAUUAGCCCGUCUUUGAAAAAUUUUUGAAGGGCGUCUUUUCAGAUAUCAAUUUCAAAAAUCUACAUACUCUCAUAGUGUGUGAGAUUAAUUUGAAAUUUUUUUUUAAAAUAAAGUGGCUUUUUCUACGUAAGUGACGAAAAAAUUCUGGUAACUCAAAACUUCUUUUUCUUUUCAACGCUUUCAGUGCGGGACGAAACUAAUUUGGAACUUUUGCCCGCUAAUGACGCUCAAAAGCGCGUUGAAUUAGUUUUUUUGUUUGUUUUCGACCUCACCUUUCGCUAGUCCCAAUCAUUUUUCCAGUGAAAUUAGUGUGAGACAAAUUUGAUAAGUUUUUCCAAGGGACGCUUCGCGUUACAAUUUGGAAAUCUGAUUUGUUUUACUGCUUUUUUAGCACUUACGAAGUCGAUAAAAUCUGACGAUUUUCAAAUAUUACGGAUCAGAACUUCCAUGUAGCAUUGGUGUCUCAUUUUUUUUUUGGUAUGAAACCUAUGUAGUGGAAAGUUGCGGCGUGAAAAGAACUUGGAGUGAAGGCAAACUCGAUUUUCCUGAUCCAUAAAUCCAAAAAUGUUGAACGAUAACUCUGGCACGGCCGGAGAGGUCUAUUUGCUCGCAGGAAACCUAAUUUCAGACUUUUGCCGCGGGAUGCGUUUAGCAGAGCCGUCGAGAGUAUGCGUCUUUCCAACAAGGUCCCUUUAAGUCCGCAUCUAUAUGUGCAGGGCUCUUGAACAAGAUGAGCAGCUCUUUUUAUUGUUUCCUGGGCGGGAUUGACUAGCUUUUUGGAUUUGGCCUGAGCGCCAAACUUGAAAGACAUAAAAAAAUCUUGAUUACCUAAUAUUAUUUUUUUGAGAUGUAGGGAAAAAAUUUGAAAAAUUUUUUUAAGACCGUUAUUGAAAUUAAUUUACACUUUUUUUGUUGAUAUUAAGUGUUAGACAAUUAUAAUUUGACGAAAAUUCGUUUGUUAACUUUUUUAUUUGCAAGGUAAAUUAUCAAUACUGUUCUUUUUAUUAAAAAAAAUAACAAUAAUGGUUAUCAAGUUAAAGGUCAGUUUGGACCUCAAAAUUUUCAUUUUUGUCUCAAACUUGAAUUUAUCAAUAACAUCAAUUAAGUCUAGGAGUUUAUGUGGAAUUUUGUUCCUGCUCAGAAUCAGAACUUUGUAUGGACUACUCACCAAAUGCUUUUGACACUUAUUAUAUUCGGAGCAACGGGCGUGGACGGAAGAAACUCUGCAAAGCGCAAUGCGCGCCUACAAUUUUGCUAAGCUUGAGUCAAAAUUCUUCAAAAACUAUUAGAAUAUGCUUUCAAUUGAUCUUGCCCUUGCAACAGACAAAUUUCUCAAAAUUUCAGAAAACGAAAGCUCGCUCAUUUGACGAGAUAGUAAGAAAGAAACGGUUAAUAUAGUACAAAUAAGAGACGAAAAUAUUGUGAAAAAAAUUUCGUGGUUUCAGUCAGUAUGUCCUAAAAAUAUAUUUCAAUUCAAUAUAUCAACGGUGUCUUGAAUAAUUUUCUAUUUUAUUUUUCAUUCUAUUAAAAGAAGAUAUUUUGAUGUUAGUAUGCUGUAAUUUUGGAGACUUCAGUUGAACUGAGUUGGUCCACAGAAAAGAGCUUUUGAAGAGAAACCGGUAGGCUGAGAAACAUCAAAGAACAAGUGGUUGAACAGAAGAGCAUUUAUCAUAAGCUUUCACACUUGGCAUCUCGAUCCCACGACCAGAGAGGAUGAGAAACGGCGCUUGAUAUAUCUGAAACUUGGUGAAAAAUUGCUUCUUAUUACUUAUGCGCCAGUAGACUGGCUGCGCAGAGUCUAGGUGCUUCGAGUGCGGCAGGACGUCAGAGGUUUCCCCUAACCGGAAAAUGAAUUUCGCGCCAGCCUCUGAACUUUUGCGCAUGUGGUCCGCAGGGUGUUCCCACCAGCCCCACAUGUUGUCUCCAACGGUCAGCGAAUGUUACAAUCCGAGGGGCGAGAAACACUUUUUUUAAAGUUUUUUUUCCCACACAAUACAACAAGGUAACUGGACUUGAGCCACGAUGCCGUCAAAAGCUUUGAUGGGAUGGUUUUGCGAUCUGCGAGCCCGUUCUUCUUCGUUCAGACGCAAGUGUACAGAAAGUUAGAAGCUUUUUAUAUUUUCCAACGACUGAAAAUCGUUUGGAAAUAUCGAAGACGGUGAUGGAAUCUUUAAAAAAAAAAGUUGAUAAUAUAUAUUUAAAAAAAUUAAGAGAUUAAAUAGAAGUCAAUCUAUCUUGGAAUUGCAAAAAAAUAUCUAGGUUUAUAAGCCAUCAAUUUGAUUUUCAUCGAAGAUAAACGUAAGAAGUUAGUAAGAUCGCAUCAUUUGUCUCACACCGGCCCUUUCCUUUAGACUUUCAGCAAUGUUUAGUUAAUUUUAACAGAAAGAAUUUCUAAAAUGUUAAUUUCAAGUUACUGUUGGUUUGAAAGUUUUCAAAGGUCCCUUUAUGUGGCCAACUGAAAACUGAUAUCUACUCAAGGAUUUUUUGUAGUUCUGAGUAUGGAUUUUUAUUAAGUUAUCGAAGAACUCGUUGUCGAAGAGAGAAUCCAAGUUCGUGCACACUUGUUCACGUGCGGCAGAAGCAUGAUUUUGGGGGAGAUGCAUACUGAGAUGAUUGGUUGCGUUUGGAACGCGUUUGCGUAGUCUCCGUCUUCCCCACUGAUUUCGCGUUUCUUCGGCGGCUUUGCUCCGACUGCGCAGAGGUCCUCCGCAUCUCCCUGGGGACUUCUCCGUAAUUGAUGCGGUUAUCUGCCUGUUGACGUCUUCGUCUUUGCCACGCCUGCGGAAGCAUCCUUUAAACUGCUCUUCUCAGCAAUUUUUACUCUUUUCGGCUACCAGCCGAAUUCGAAACGUUUACAGGGUUAUUAAAGGGAGUCGUCGGCUUUUAUGGAUAGUUUUCCCUUAGUAAAUUGAGAAGAAAGGCUGAGGAUGCUUUAGUCAGGGAUGAUAUAGCAAAACUUCAUUUAGGUUUUUCUUUUGUUGCAAAUAUCCAAUCUUGGCGGCUAUUACGACUGCAAGUCUUUGCAUUUGAUAAGCUUCAUCAAGAUCUCCGAACAGUCCAGCUUUUUAUGUUUAUUAUCUUUUCUCAGCGAUUAACUGGUUACAUGAGCGAAAAAUACGAUUUGUUUGAUCACAUAAUCGAAAGGGACAUCAAAAAAGAUUUCUGACGAUGAAUACCAAUUGUAGCAUUAAAUCCUGAACUUUGUUGAAAAUAAUCACAAAGGAGAAGUUUUUGUUUUGUUUUGUUUUUUAUCUUUUAUUGAAUUUGAAAAAUAUAUGCGGUCAGACGAGCCGGCAAAAAGUGCGCAGAAAAGAAGCUGAGGCAAGUCGUCGGCGAUGCUUCUAAUCCACGAGUGGCCGGGUGACAGAUGACUCGAGCUUUUUUUUUUCUUUACGCCGUCUCCAUCGGCUUCGUUCGUGGUCCGAGCGUUCGCAAUUGUUCCAAAAAUGUGAAUAAUCGCAGGGGUGAAAAUUAGCUUUACUGAAGACUAGCUUUCAACGAAAUAGCUUGUGUUAUAUGGAAGAUUAAGAAGAAGAGCUGAAAGCCACAUGGUUCACUAAUCUUCAAAAAAAAAACGGAAUGGAAUAGUGGUUUUCCAGUUCUAUCUCUUUCAUAUGAAAAAUUCUACAAGAAACUCUUUCGUGGUUAUUAUGAACAUUUAAAAAUCGUAAUUUAAAAAAACUUAAAAAGAAAAAAAUUUAAUGGUCCUGAUUAGGGGGCGCAAAGCCCCCGCCCCUUCACGCCACCAAAAUGACGAUUUUUUUGUUGCAAAAAAACGGUUUUUGAGGCGUUUAUACUAGCUAAAGUUCAACUUUAAAAAAAUAAACUGUUUCUGUUAAUCUAUGUAAUCGACAACGCUCUACAAGACUGAAAAAAACUUUUUAAACUAUGUAUUUUUUUCAAAAAAAUCAGCGAAAAAAAGUAAGAUUUAACACGAAAAAAACUGACAAGUUUCACAAAAAUCGUCGCGUUUCUGAAAACCAAGUGAGGAACGCUUCCGAAUUUUUGAGUAUGUUAUACAUUAACACUUUCUUCAUUUUUUUGAAUGAAAAAUUUAAAAAAAUCUAACGACGCGAAAAAAAUCGAAGCUUGUAAAGUGACACCAAACUUUGAAGCUGAAAUGCGAAAAAAAUUUUUCAGCGACAUGGUAUACUUUUUUUAUUUGAUUUAAAAAAACUCACAAUGUGCUCACAAACAGAAAAUUCAAAAAUGAAAAAUAAUUAUUGGGACAGCGAAUCAAAUUAUAUUUGAAUUUUACCAAAACCUCCUUUUUUUCGCCUGCCUCGUUGACGCAUGAGAGAAUAGGAUCGCGUCUAUAUUUUUUUGAUUAUGUUAUUAAGCGUUCAAAAACUCUAUCAAUGGAAAAAAAUUAUGAAAAAAAUCAAACGACGCGAAAAAAAUAACGGCUUUGAAAAACCUCGAAAAAAAUGGCAAUUUUUUUGAAAUUUUUGGAAGAAUUCGUGCAAGCGUUCGUAGCUGUGUUUGCGUCAAACACACCGAUACGCCAUUUUUAAAUGUCGCAGGAGCCGUUUUUUUCGGAGUCAAAUUGCACAUUUUUCCUGUUUUAUUUCGAAAUAACAUUAUUUUUUUCAUUUUUUUCUUUUUUUCCAAACCAAAUGAUAAUAAUUUUUUUCUGAUUAGAAAAAAAGAAAAAAAUAAGGUGAAAAACUCCUUCUGACCUUUUUUUCUAAUUAGUUUUUUUGAUAUUUUAUCAAAAAAAUUCUUAUGAGGAUUGUACAAAAGAUUCAUACCAAAACAUGAAGCUCAAUUCUGACAACCUUUCAGAACAGAAAACCGAUUCGAAAAACGGUUCAGAAACGCGCAAAAAAACAUUUAAAAAGAAAGCGUGCGGCAGCGGGUAAACCGUGAGAUUUUGCCUCCAGUUGAACGCCGCGCGCGCUAGUUUUUUGGCCAUAACUUUUUUUUCUUAGUGGAGCUUUUUUUCUAAAAACUGAACGGAUUAUGAAAAUGGACAGUCUCCUCUAUCGAACAAAGUAAAAAACAUAUUUUUUGGAUCGUUUUGAAGAAAUGGCUUGCGGACCCUAGUCCUGAUGACUGAAGAGGUAUUUGUCCUGAAAAUCGGAUAGUCACAGGAGGACGAUUUCCCCGACGGAUUUGACUUUAAAAAUGUGUAGCCAGUCUUGAAAGGCAAGGAAAAAAGAAAUGAAUGAAAAUAUUGCAGUUGAUUGGAUUGGAAGGCAUCCCGGUGUACACGGCUCUGUAUCUCAACGACCAGCAGUGGCGAUGGGGCGCUUUUCUCUGCGAUCUCUGGCUCUCCAUUGACUAUAUUGUCUGUCUUGCUUCCAUAUACACCGUUCUCGGCAUCACCGUCGACAGGUUAAUCUCAAAUAUUGUCUCGAAAAAUGAUAAAUUACAUUUAUUUGAUAGCAGCAAGCUGAAAGCUUUCGUUGACAAGCCUCAGACGAGUUUUUGAUUGAUGAAAUAGAGAACAGCUAUUCUAAACAUCGAACUGAAAAUCUCUUUUUUAUUUUUAUUUUUUUUCCAAAGCAAAUGGUUGCGAGAAAAUAUCAGUUAAGGUACUGUUCCGUGAAAAGACCCGCAGCAUACCGGAAUUGGAGGACUCACGGUCGAGUCGUUCUCAUCAUCAUCUUUGUUUGGCUCGUCAGUUUACUUAUUCUUUCAAACAAGUUUUUAAUUUCAAAAAGUUAUAAAAAAAGUUGGAUGCUUUUCCUUAUGUUUAACUUUCAUGAAAAACCAGUGUACAUAAUUGUGAUUUAUAAAUUUAUUUUUUUGUUUCUCCACUAAUGAACUCAAUUCAUGAAGAUUUGAAUUGGAAUUUAUCAACAUUUCCGUGCAGGACCCUAAAAACUAAUAAAGACGUGUGUUACUUUUUGAAAACCAAAAUUUUUUUAAUUUAAUGAAAAAAACAUCAUUCAAACGAAAUAGUUCAUUUUUGAACUCUGCUCUGAAAGAGAACCACUUUUCCAAGGAAAAAAAAGUCAAGUUUUCAUCUUCGGGGAAGAAUGUUUUCCUUUUGCACCAUCGCGCAUUUUGAAGGCAAUCGGCGGGAAAAGUUUGACGAGACCACUAUGAAAACGGCGGGAGUAAUUAUUUGAAUUGGUUCGUUCUUUUCGCCGACGAAACACACAUUGAACGUUGAAAAUGCGCUAAAUACGCGUCUUGAUGAGCCAAAACUUCAAUGAAAAUAAUUCCGAUGCUAGAGUUUUGCGUCUUUUUUGGACAUCAUCAUCAUCAUGAAAGACGCAUUUUUUUUUCAAAGUAGGCAAUAGUUUGACAAAAUUUAAAUUAAGUUUUUUUUUCACUUUUUCGAAUAGGAGAUAAGCCUGUUAAGUUGUACUAUUGCAGAUAUUCUCCAGAGAAAAAAAUUACUGCUUCCGGAAACUUUUGUUCUCGUUGACUUUUUUUCCAUACAUUCAGCGUCGAUAAAUUUCAUUUUCUUCAAAUUUGUCUUCCUAGCUCAAUUUUUGAACGGUUCAAAGUCGCAAAAACUUUAUUUCAGAUUCCCAGCAUUCUAUUCUCCGUAUCAAUCUUCGGCUAUGGAACUUUCACCGGUGAGAUUCAAAUUGCUUUCUAGAGGUUAUUUUCAUGAUCAUGUGAUUCAAAGCAAGAACGGUUUUGGACAUGAUCAGGACAUCUUGAAACGUGAGAUUUGGACAGGUACGGGCCGGAUACUUGAGGAGCAGGAGUGCUACGUGCAAUUCAUGACCAACCCCUACCUCAACAUGGGAAUGUACAUCUCCUACUACUGGACUACCUUGUUCGUCAUGCUCUACCUUUAUUGGGGGAUAUAUCGAGCGGCGAAAAAACUCGCCCUAAAAAGCGACCAGGUUCUUUUUUUUUUGCAUAGAGCUUUCGCAAGGAAGGCCAUUUCUUUUUGAGUUUGAGAACCCAUAGAAAUUGGACCAGAUUACUCCUCGAUAUACCAGAUGAAGGUCCUAAGUCUGAACCUUCAAAACUUCCGAUUUCAAGUAAAUAGAACCUGAAAAUUCAGAAAUUAACCGUUCUAUAGAUUUUUGAUGAGUUUCUUCGACUUUGAGUUGUCUUUUCAUGAAAAGUAGGGUUUGUGCAAAUUGAGAUUCUGAGAACUCUUCUCUGGUACUUCAGGAAGUAUUUUGGCCGUUUCCAGGAAUAUCCUAAUCAAAAGAUAAAAUGACCUCCCAUAAGAUUAAGGGAAUGAAUUUUUUCCACAGAUUUUUGUUGCAUCUUCGAUUGCCCUUCAAAGAGGUUAUUCGGAACCAAAAAAGUAAUCUUUCUCAAUUAGAUUCGCCAAGUUCCUUUUUUUUCUCAAAACAUCGUACUUUGAAAAAAUCGUGCAAUAAACACAAUGGAUUAAUAUUUCUAUCUAGAACCGUGUCACGACUCAGUACACAUUUCUUAUAGAUUUUUUUUUUGUUGAAAUAGUUUAAGUGAUAAGCUAAACAUUUGCGUUUAAAACUUGGAGAUUGAUAAUAGCCUAGUUUUGAUUUUGCCUAAUUAUAAGUUAUCACUGUUGAUAUAACAGUGGGCGCGCCGUAGCGCAACAGGUUGUGUGCCUGCCUACGGUCCACAGGGUCACAAGUUCGAUCCCCGCCCCGACCCAACCAAGGGCUUUAAGAAAUGUUGGUAGUUGGAAACCACGACUUCAUAAUCCCCAGCCGUCACACACAAGGACGAAUAUGUCACUGGAGCCAGUCCACUGAUAUCAGGAUAGGACCUCGGCUAAUCGACUUGGGGCGCCGACGCCGCUCAAGCGGUAUAAAGCCGUAAGAAGAAGAAGAAGACUGUUGAUAUAACAGUAGUUGGUUAGUAAGGUGGAUUAUUUUAUAAAUUUUGGGAUUUUUCAAAAAUCUUCUCAAUCAAAAUUAGAAGGUUCAGAUGAUAUUUUCUCAUAGUUUCCAUUUGCACGCGUUUUUUUUUGGGUUUUAAACCAAGAAAAAAGUUGUUGUUGCAGAAAACAAAGCGACUGGCUCUUCUGACGGAAAUGCGCAAGCCAGAGUUGAGCGUUCGGACCAGCGACGCCGGAAACAGCAGCUCAGACUCGCCCAACGACACUUCCAACAGUAGCAAGUAAGAUUAUUUUUCUCUCGAUACUCAAUCAUUCAAUCAUUCUUCGUUUCAGUCCUAGAUUACUGAACUAGGCGGUGAGCAAGAACUUUUAAACUCAAUCGAACAAGAACCUUGACGGAACUAGAAGGCUAAACGUGUAGUUGAUCAAAUCGAACGCAUACUCUCACGAUUUUCCGCCAUGUUCUUCUGCGCGUAGUUCAUCCAGCGGCUCAGAAUGAAGAAGAUGUUGUAGUUGGAGCCCGAAAACCAUGCUCUGAGUGGAAGACUCGAAAGGAGAGUGACCUAUUCGAGUGAAGAUUUUUCACUGUGAGGUUAUUUUUUGAAAAUUAGACGAAUCCAACUGUUUUCGGAGUGUCUCGGACAUCUAGUCUAGAACAUCGACGCAUGCAUAUUUCUGACGAAAGGCGUUGUUAACAAGAUUUGGACUCCUCAAAAAGAAACCAACGAUUCACCCCAUCGCCGCUUGGGAAAUCUGCGGAAAAAAUAACGCAAGAGAAAAAUUCGAUGUUUCGAAUCUCAGAGCGCCUCUAGAGUUGCAAAUCGAUCCCACAUGAAGUGCUGAAAACUGGGAUCAAAUAGAUGGAUUUUUUAGAAUGUUUUUUUUUUGUUUGAGGCCACUUAAUGGGACUCCGUAACGAUUUUUCAAUAAUCUAUUAAAGCCCUGGACCUCUUGACUCUUCAGAAAGCAGCAUAAUUUUGUAAUGGUUUCGACGAACCAUUCUUUUCGGUUUUAUUUUGUCCCCGCAAGACUUUCGCGCCUUCAAAACCCAGCACAGAUUUUUCAUUCCAUUUAUGCGGGUAAACUGUCUCGGAUAUCAUUUAAUUUCCAACUCUUUCCAAACGCGAAGAAAUCCAAUUUUCACACAAACGCGCACACACACACGCGGACACACACUCUCGUACAAUUAUGCAAAUGUGAAACGAAAAUUUUCUUUUUUUGAAAUUCGACGCUCCUUUCCAAAAGUGCGCCACUCAAGUUUGCAUCUCCUUUUGCAUGAAUGGUUAAGGAAAAUUUCUCGAAUUUCCGAAGAGCCUAGGGAUUUCGUGAUACUUUUUUUUAUUCCAGUUCAGUGUAGUUCAAAAAAAAAGGCAAAACUCAAAUCGUAUCGAUUUCUAUUGUCUUUUCGUCAUUCGAAUACGCUCGUUUAACAUCAUUUGAAUAAACAGAAUCAAUUGCGUCCAAUGAAAACUUGAGCCUAAGUCAGUUUUCGCCAACUUGUUUGUGGCUCCAUUUUAUACGGUUCAAUGAAUGAUAGGAAAUAAAACAACUGUUUUUAAUUUUAUUUCGCUCUGGUUUGAAAAGGUUUUUUCAAUAGCCUAGAAAAAAAAGAAACGCAGAGAAAAAAAGCACUACCAAAGCGGGUUUUUUUAGUCUAAGGGUUGGAGUUUUAUGUAAAUAACUCAUGAUAAGUUUUACUUUGCAGUUUUCGGAAUUAUUAUACAUUUUUGAGGUUUCGAACUUCCUAAACUCAUUUUACACUGAACAAAGGUUCGCAGACAAUAAUACAAAACUUUGAAAGUUCAUAAAUCUAAAAAUAAAAGUUUGCCCGGAUAACGACUAGGACUCUCCAUGUAGACUAUAAGACAGUGUUUGAGCAAAUUUCUCAAAAAAAAAAAAAAACUAAACACUGAGAUGAGCUCUCUUUUUAGGCUUGCUGCAAAAUAAAUUGCAGCAAGAUGGUAGAUAAACUUGAAUCAAACCAACUCAGCCUAAACCCAAAUGGCCCAGAACAAGUCUGCGCCUAACAUGCGUAGACAUUGUGGAUAUCUCAAAAGUCGAAUUGCAGAUGUUUUCGUGUAGCACAGACGACGACGACGACGGGUCACACGCCGGUUGAGCCGCCCGCAACGAGCAACGCCGUUUUCCGCAAUCACAUGACCUUCCACAACAACUGUGUCGAUCAUACACGUCACCUUGCAAAUUACAGGUCUUAGAACGAGAAACGAGAACAAACUAUGAGAGCCAUCAAAGUCUGUCAAAAUGAGCCAUUCUCGGACUUGGAGCUCUUCUUUCAGGAAAGCUGGGAUUUUUGCAAGUUAUAACUAUCAGAAACUUUAUCUCAUAAUCAAUCAAUCAAUAUUUAUUGGUUGUUUUAGUCAGAUGGAAUAGAGUAGGCGGUGAAAAAAUUGCUCUUUUGAGCGGUACUAACACCGCCUUUGGCGAAAUAGAAGUCAAAACGUGUAGUUGAUUGAAUUGAAAACAUAGUCUCACCGUCCUUCGCCUCGUUCUUCAACAAGUAGAUCCCUCAGUUUCGCGGGUACGGGCACGGCGGUGAUGGUGGGGCUCGGGCACGGAAGCCGUACACACUCUAGGGCAGCCUCGGCCGAUUGAGAGAGCUACCACUUCGAGUGAAGAAAAUACACUGAAUAACCAAAAAGUGUUCUGCCCGUUUUCAAGUAAAUACUAACUCGCGAAGUUAAAUUAUUUUCUUUUGUCUGAUGUUUUCCAGAGUUCAACAAAAAGAAGUUACUACCGACUUUCGCCUUGGAGCCUCGUUCUGGUCUGACAUGUAGUUUUAGGUGCAACGCACUGUAAUUUAAUGCAUUACGUUCAGUACUCUGAGCAUGGUCAAAGCGAGAAUUGGAAGUUUUUAAGACGCGAUGAAAAAGUUUCAGACAGAAUAUCAGCAAAAAAAGAUUAUUGGUCGAUUUAUCUCGUAACGAAUUUUUCACCUGUAUUCCUUCAAGACUUAGCUGUUUUUAAUUUGUACUCCAUGUUCUUAUUUCUUUCUCUUUAUUUAAAUUGUAGAUCGCAGUGAUCUCGAUGUGGUUCACACUGAUCUGCGAAUAAAUCAUCAUCAAUCAAUAUCAAUAUUUAUUCGUUGUUUUUGUCAGAAUAACUUUUAAUCAUUUAUCAAUUCUUUCGCAUUAGUUGCGCUUUAACUAGUAGCAAAAAGCUACACUCCCUACUGGCAGGUUUUGCAGCAACCCGACGUACGUGACGUCGGAAGAGAAGCCGCCGACGCCUUCGCCCUCGAGCGCCAGCGAAGUCGAGUACGCGUUUGGACUCCAGGAACCGUCCUCAGUCAUCGAGAGGGAGAGCACUGCUCCUUGUUGUUCGCCAGAGCCUUCGCACACUUCCGAACCUGACCUUGACCUCGCUCUUCCUCCGCUUCAUCGUACCUUCAAGUUUGUUCUUUUGAAAAAAAUACAGUUUAGGAAAAAAAAAGAAGUUAUAGUGAAGGAUAUUUUGAAAAAAGAAGGUGAAUUCUUUCUGAGCUCGUCGGGUGAAGAAUAAGUCAACAUGUUAAUUCCUUCUCAUUUGCAAACAUUUUUUACGAAAUCCCAUCUAACAUCAACUUUUAAGAAGUAAAAAGAAAAGUUCUUAACUUAAAGGCAUAGGGGCAGUAAAAAACAGUGUUUCAGUUCAAAGCAGUACUUUGUAGAGAUUUUCUUUGCGAAUCGAACGGUGAGCUAAAAAACUUACCGAACUUCCUAGUUUUGUAGAAAAAAUAAUUCAAAGUCGGAGAGAGGAAAGUUUGAGUUCCCGCAAAAAGGGCGCUUUGCAGUAAAGUUGCUCUAUGGACAACACGCUUCGCCAUCUUCCGGAUUUUCGCUUUUUUCUUCGUUUCUUUCAAUUUUCAAUUUUUUCUGUUCUCACCAAAGUUCUUUUCGUCACAAAAGCUUUCUAUUCAUGUAUAAUUUGCAAACUUUGAUUGCAAAAAAGCUUUUCUGGUGAAAAAUGAUGAUUUUACACAGGUUUCGAUGGGGAUAGCAAUAUUUUGUGUUUUCUUUAUUAUCGGUGUGUGUUUUUUGUUUUCUUAAUCAAUUUUUCAGAAAAGAAACCCUUAAUUUGAAGCAGAUAUCCGGUUAUUUCUCACAAAAUGCGAGUCUAAUGAGACGUCCGCAACAUCGCGUGCACGGCUACUGUAAACAUUUGUCCGUAGGCCGAUCCAAAGCUUUUUUCAAAAUUAAAGGCGGGAAAGUAAAAUCGCGUUUUUCUUCUAAAGUUGUCACACCUGUAAUUUUUUUGAGUACACCAUUCGAUUCGCAAAGAAAAACUAUAUAAAAUACUGCUUUCACCUGGAACCCCAUUUUUUACUGCCCAUAUGCCUUUAAACAAAAAUGAGAUUUGAAAAGAGGCCCUUGAAAAGGUAAUUCAGGGUAAGUCAUUUUCGCGCGCCUUUAGGAAUGAAAAUUGAAAUAUUUUUUUAUGCCUUUGACAGUUCCUGUUGAACUUUGUCCAGCUUGAUAAGAAUAAAGUUCAAAUUGAUUCAUGAAAAAAGCAACACAGCGACAGAGCGUUGUUUACUGCAAAAAAAAAUAAAAGGUUUAUUAAUAUUCAAUAAAGAGGAAAUGAAAGUUUUUGAAAAUCUUGCGCUUCUGUAGUUUUUAUACUGCGACGCAUAAUUAUAGACCCACCUAAUUUCUCCGAUUUUUAAGAAAGAUUGAAAAAAACUUUCAGCCACCAAACUUUUUUUGUGAUAAACCUUGUUGAUAAGGAACAUAAUCAUAUCAUAAUUAUCAAUCACCCAGUUGAAUAAUUUUUCAAGAUACGAGAAAGUCUGAUUUUUGACCGACGCAGAAUUAUAGACCCACUAUAAGUAAUCAACAAAAAUUCUUUUUCACAAAGUCAACAAAGUAUAACAAAAAAUUAAUUAAUUAUGUGUGAUGCCUCCUUGUUCCUGAGCGACUUCGAAAAUCCUGUUCGGCAUGCUGCCAACGAGUGAUUGCAGCAGAGACUUGUCCAAACCAUCCCACUCGGCACGAAUCGCUCUUUUCAGAUCGUUGACCGUUGUAUACUGCUUGGCAUUCGCGUAGACCCUUCGUACAAGGACUGACCAUAAAUUCUCUACAGGGUUGAGGUCAAGACUGCACGCGGGCGAGUCCAGAAGAACCACGUUAUUGGCCGCAAAUCAAGCCAAUGUGGAGUUGCUCGCGUGAACAGAUGCAUUGUCUUGUUGGUAAAUCAUAUUGGCACGUCGUCGGCGACGGAGAUAGGGCAGGAGAUGCUGGGCAAGCAGUUGCUGGUAGUCUUGCAAAUUCGUUCUGGUCCCAAUAAAAAAAAAGAGCUACCGUCCCUUUGCCGCAGAAAGCCGCCCAGACCAUGAGGCUGCCGCCGCCGAAGUUUCUCUUGGAGAAGUACAUCGGAUCUUUCCUCAAAUCUCUCUAGUAGUGAGCGUGGGUCUAUAAUUAUGCGUCGCAGUGUAUAUCCGACUAACAGCUUCUUGAUUUUCGUUGAACAACUGGAAAUUUGGUUUUGAGCGCGCGCAAAAUGCGCCUUGAAGUAAAUUUUGGGAGUCCUAUCAUUGAAUGCGCCGAAAACAAAAAUUAAUCAAAAUAAGAUUUGAAAGUACUCAUAAUCAUUUCUUUUUCAAUACGAGUGAUAAUAAAGUUCAAGCCUCUGUGAAAAUUAUGUAGGUUCGUUCGACGUUAUUCCACUGGUGAACUCUGGGUUCCAGUAUGGCUGAAAAAGUAAUUGAGAGGUUCAGACCAGAGCUGUCGUUCCCUUUCAUCGACUCGGACAGUCUCUGCUCGCUUGUCGGACACGAUGACUUGCGACGAACUGCUUCAUCUCGAAGCAAGGAGAUCUCCGAGCCGCAGCUAGACGUCAAGGAGACGAUCGAGGAGGUUCCCUUUGAAGCGACCCGCGACGAGGUUCUGCAUAUCCCCAACGGCGUUUCGGAUAUCGUUGUAGCGGUAGGUAACUUUUUUUUCUCGCUAGAAACAAUUAUCUUUCAGCCUUCCACAUCUAUCGAAAUACAGGCUGUUGUGGAACUUGAAAAGGGAACGAAGGACGGGUUGAACAGCGAAAAUGAAGUCAAGGUGGAGAUUCUUGUCGAUUGUAUCAAAAUGGAAUUCCGAUUAUUCAGGUGCCGCUGAUCGCCGUGAGCAGAGUGGAGAGUGUGAAGACGACGACCCAGGGGAAAGUUCGGAGACUUUUGACGGUCAUGCGUAGCAGAAGCGUCCGGAGAAAGAAUACGCGCAGCAAAAAGGUCUCAAAAUUGGAAUCAUAAGGCUGUAAAACGUUGAAAGAAAAACAUUUUUUCGAGUAUGGCGGCAGAAAAAUAAUUCACUGUGUUAGGUUCACCGCGGAACUAGUCCUCUUUCAAAAGUUUUUUUUUCAGAAUAUUUUCCACGCUUUGAUUCCAUUUAGCCGGAAAAAGGUAAAAUUAAAUUUUUCCAAUGUUCAAAUUAAUCUUUCUGCUUAUUUUUCUCUCAUUCCGUCUAAUUUUCACUGAGGCAAUGCUUCAUUUAAAAAAAAAGUCUUUUUUCUCUUCUGAUUGCUGCGUUCUUGGCGUCUUUGUGCUUUGAGUUGUGGCCCUCCCGGAAAAUGGUUCAAUUCCUUGUGCUCCUACAAAACCAUUUUUAUCCUCAUGAGUUUGUUGCAGGAGUACAAGUCGCGGUCGGAGAAUCGGGCCCGGAAGGCUCUGCGGACCAUCACCUUUAUCCUCGGCUCCUUCAUCAUCCUCUGGACGCCGUUCUACGUGCUGGCCACCAUCUACGGCUUUUGUGAUUCGUGCAAAUCCUCGUCUUCCUUCAACUCGCUCUACACGAUCAGCUACUAUCUUUGCUACAUGAACUCCCCUCUCAAUCCUUUCUGCUAUGCAAUGGCCAACCAACAGUUCAAAAAAACGCUCACUCGUAUUUUCAAAGGCGACUUUCGCAGAGUCUAG